CCAAACCACACUCUCCCAUUCCUCUCAUAAGUUGAGUGCUGAGGUGAUACCUGCAUUAAUACGAUUGUGUUCACAUCACCAUCACCAUCAUCAUCAUCACCAUCAACACCAUGUCCUCUCGUUUUCUCCUGCUGGUUCUGCUGGUUCUCUUCUACCUUCAGUUCUUCACAACUGCCAACAAUGCAAUGGCACUAUAUGAAUGCUGUUUCAAAUACCAGACACAUCCAAUCCAUGCAAGACUCAUUACAGGGUAUAAAGAAACAGACCGGCGUCAGUGUCCAAAACCUGGAGUCAUUUUUACGCUAAAGCGCAGUCGCCAUAUGUGUGCAGAUCCCAGCGAUAAGUGGGUGCAGAACAUCAUGAAAAGAAUUGACAAGGGCUCGUUUAGAAGACGGGUCCAACCUGAAGAGCCUGACAAUCCAGUUUCUACUGCCUCAACCAAUACAGAACAGCCUGUUACUACUACCGAGCCAGUUUCUACUGCCUUAUCCAAUACAGAACGUAAGUUAAUAAAUCAUAUAAAUACGGUAUUUCUGUUUAUAUAUUAGUAUUUAUAUUAGUAUCAAUAGUAGUAUACUUCAUUGUACUCUAUAUAGUUGUAUAGGAAUGUCUAGAGUGUUAGGAUAGUAUAGUUUUACCUGC